AAUCAUUUAACUCUCCACGGUCGCAUCCUCGCAAAGACACAAUUUGAACUCGAAAGAAACCAUGACUUCCUCAUUGGCCUCAUCAGUAACAUCACUGCAGUCUUCUCUGCAGCUUCUCGACAAUUCCAUCACGACCCUCGACUCAGGCGUCAACGAUUUCCCCCGCCUUUGCAAAGUCCUCCAAACAACACGACACUUUGAACUUCUUCCCGAGCCAACUCUGCGCGAAGCCCAACAAUCUCUCCUGGAUGAAAUCACACCCAGCAUUGCCCACCUCCUCUCCCUCUCAUCCAACCAUGUCGAAAGGCUCGCGCGCCGUGAACAAAGCCUGAAGGCAAAGUGCGAUCUUCAAGAGGGCCGACUCUCAUCCAACCCGGAAAGUAGAUCCUCAUCUUCUCGCGCUCAAGGUCAGAGCGGUGCCGCGCUGCGGGGUCGUGUGGCCGGCUCGAGUGGUGGCAGCUCCGCCGCGAAGGCGCUUGAAUUACGGCGACUGGUGCAGAAGAAGGAGCGUCUCAGGUAUGCCGUGGACCGGUUGGAGCUGCAAAGUACCCAGCGGGAGCGUCAGCUGAGGAAGAGCAUGGCUGCACAGUGAGCGGGUGCACUUGGAAGGCAUAAUUGACUUGCCGUCUCAUCUUCUUCGGGCUCGAGCCCAUCCUCCAGGCGAUUCGGCGGGAAAAAUCACUUCCCAAGUCCCCUCGCAGUAGGACUAUGUCAGCCAUCGCUCCGGCUACCGAGCAUGAAGAAGCGGCCACUACCUCAUGCAUGAAACAUUCUUCAACGACGAUCCAAGUGUCGUUAGGAGCCCUGAUAGGGCUUUCUAUAACUCGCUACAAGAGCUGCCGCUCGACAUUCUGCGGCAAUGAUUCGAGCAUUGCUCAAUUCAGCACAAGCAAUUAGGGAAGUCUCGCAGGCUUCUGGAGCUUGAGACCCGAGAAAUAUUGUGAAAUAUUGUGCCCACAUGGAUUCACCUCUCCAUCUGUGGCCCGCCGUCGCCUCGCAGUGGAUAUCUAAGACAGAGGUUUUUGCGAAGGUUCACGAAGAUUAUUCCAUUAAUAACGAUAAUAAGAUACCCGAUGCUACGCUAAGAUGGAUAAUGAAUGAAGCCAAAGUCAGAGUGAAGAACAUAUUAUACAGUCG